GAUCAAAUACUUCUGCGCGCCAUCAUCUAUACUUGUUUGUUUUCCUUCCCCGCAGAUUUGUUGUUGUCAUGUGAUAAGAGUGAACAAUGUCCAGCUGUGUGUGACCUCCAAAGUGUCAUGAGUUGGCGGGAAAAUAGUAUUACCAGGAGAUUACUAAGACGAAAAACUACCUAUUGAGCCUGAGAGGAGGUGCUUGAGAAUGGCUGGCAGGGACCACGGCGAAGUGCUAACCUGCUUCGAGGAGAUAUUUGGGUCAGUGGUGGAACACGAGGUUAUCAAAUUAAUCCUCCAGUCAUGUGAUUGGGAUGCUACUACAGCCUCGGACACUCUGCUAGGUAUGAUCGACAAGCAAAAGUUGGAUCCCCACGUACUUUCCACCCUCAACGCAGACUCCAUAGUGAGGGAACUGGCCAGGAAGCACCCCCAGGAAGGAGGCACUCCACCAUCCGACCAUCCAGUGAACAUGACGCCAGAACGUGAUGACCUAAUCCAUUUGGCAAAUAAUUCUAAAGACACAAUAAAUAAGAGUACAACAUCAGAUAGUACAAGUAACACCUCAUUAAUUACAGUACCUUCAUCAGCCAGUGCCUUCCAUAAUGGCAGUCCCUCAACAUCACAACAAACCCUAAUGGAAGAGAGGCAAAAUGCAAACAGUCCACAGAGUGCUUUCACCCUGAUUGCAGGAGAUAGUGAAACUUCCUCCCCGUCUUUUUCUCCACUCAGGCCCAAUAAAAGUGUUAACCCAGGAACCAGUUUGGAUUUGAAUGCCUCGGAAUGGGUCCUUGCACCUGAAUUUGUACCUAAUGCCUUUAAUUGGAAAGCUUCGGAUCUGGACGUUAAACAUAGUGUGUGGCGGCAAGGAAUGAGCAGCAAGUUAAUGGAUGCUGUGCCAUGCUCUGUGCCACAAAGCCAGCAGAGCAAGGGCAAACCUGGUAAAAAAGAAGAAAUUAUCAACAAAAUAUUACAAGGUACAAAGCUACUGGUGCUCAUGAGGGGUCUGCCAGGCUCAGGCAAAACAACUCUGGCCAAAGAAAUGAAAGGUCCUACUGGUGUUGUGCUCUCCACAGAUGACUUUUUCUGUGACAAGCAUGGAAGGUAUAUUUAUGAUUCUUCUAAAAUAGGAGAGGCACAUCAGUGGAAUAAACACAGAGCAAUACAAAGGUUAAAGCAAGGCAAAACUCCUAUCAUUAUUGACAACACAAAUUUGCAAGCGUGGGAAAUGAAACCGUACGUACAGUUGGCCUUACAGUAUGGUUAUGAAGUAAACAUUUUGGAUGUGGACACUCCCUGGAGACUCAGUUCAAAAGAGCUCGCAAGAAGAAAUAUACAUGGAGUACCAGCAAAGAAAAUUGAAGAGAUGAAAGGGAGAUAUGAGCAUGAUGUAAAACUUGAAGAUUUAAUAGCAAAUCUUCAGGGGUUAGGGCUGACCCAGCAGAGCCCAAGUAGAAAUGCUUCAUCAAAAACCAGUGAGGGUAAUGUCACAGAAAGAAGUUCAAAAGGCACAGACAUUGUCUUCAAAUGUAGUCCUCACAAAACAAACAAUAAACCUGUAAUAGAUGCAGAUACAGAGGCAAGUGUGACUGUUGAAAAUAGUGAAUUUGACUCCUCCAUGAAAGACGAAAUUUUUGAUUCUGAUGAAGAUGUAAUUAUUGAAGAAUACGAUGAUGAAAUUACUCCAAUAUCAAUUCACACAAGUAAAAAUGAAGUGGAAGUCUCUCACUUUGAUCAAAAUGUCCCUGCAUCAGGAUCCAAAAUUGAGGAAGCCUUACCUAGUAAUCAGAAAAACAUUAUUGACAUUUCUGUGCCAGAAGAAAUAGCAAAUGAAGUAGAUGCUUUGGUUGAAAACUUGGAUUCUCCAAUUGAUCUUACUCUUGCAUUACGAACUAAUGACUUGAAAGAAGAGAUAAAAGAAGAUCAUGCACACAGUUCAGAAAAUAAAUCAGAUACCUCUCAUGUCAAUGUGUUAGAAAGUGGAAGUGAUGCCUAUGAUGAAAUAAAGAUUCAGACUCUGCUAGAUGAAGCAUGUAAAAGCAUUGACUUUUCAAAGAGUGAAGAAGAGUGGGACAAUUUAACAUCUCAAAUUGCAGGUGAAGAUUUUAGUGAUGAAAAAUUCAAUGAUUUAGUGACAAGUUUUGGAUCUGCAUUAAAAAAACAGAUAAAGAACAAAGGUUCCAUUGGUAUUGCUGAGACUGAAGAUGACAAAGUCACAUCUGACACCAUCAGUGAAGAUUCUGCCAUGUAUGACUUCUGUAGCACCAUGGAAGAUAAAACAGGCCAGCCUCUGUCAGUUCUAAUCACAAAAUUAACAAAGAAUGAGGAUUCAACUGAUAUUACUUCCAUUCAUCUUACUGGAGGAACUAAUAAUGAGUCACAAACUAACGGUAUAUCCAGAAAUUCUGUAAAUGUCUGUGAUACUAUUUCUGGAAAAGAAAAAAAUAGUUUUGCAAAAUUAACUCCAGAUGAAAGUAAGGACAGUGACAAAAAUGAAUUAAAUCUAGGCAGUAAAGAAAAUACAACUAACUGUUGUAUUCCAGAUGAAUCUGAUAAGCCUGCUUCUGUAGAUAUGACACAUUGUCAGUUAAAUAGUGAAAGUUUAACCUCUUGGGAGUGUGUGGAUAUAAAUUCAGGGUUGAAUUCUGCAAACUGGGAUGCUAAGUCAGACAAUACAGAAUCUGACAAGAAUGGCUGUAUCCCAAAAUCAUGUAGAUCUCAGCGAAAAAGGAUGUGUGGAGACCCCUCAAAGUGGCUGAAUGAAACCAACACAUCAAGUGAGAAUAUUAAUGAUGAAGUAGCCUCUUGGGUAGCUAUUGAAGGUGAACCUUCUGAUUGGGACACACAUGACUCGCCUCAGAAAUGCCCAUCAGGUUCCUCACCCUCAAAGAGUGCUGUGACCUCCUCCACACGCCUCACGGAUGAGGAACCACAGUCUCAUACUGGUGCUAUUUCUAAGUUAAGGAAACACAGACGGAAAAACAAUUCAUCAUCACCAAACGGUGGUGGUUGUAGGAAAGAUGAUGGGAUAUCACUUAAUGACUGUAAUACUGUUAUAGAUUAUGAAGGAACUAAAACAAUCUACAAAAGUGCAGAAACUCAAACUCUGUCCAUUGACUUUGAGGCUUUGGAAUUAGAUCAUAAUUUGUAUGAAUUAAAAGUAAUAUUUGGACAAUCACAUUAUGUUCCUGUGACCACAGUUAGCUCCAGAUUCAGUGAAAAGGGACCUCUAACUAAAGGAGGACUAAGACUUGACAAAGGAACAAUGACAGAUAAUGUAUAUGAAAGUUCAGUAGCAAAUUCUUUCCAAACCCUUGUAGCUUUUUUCCCAAAUAUUCCUAAAGAAGACCUUAGAGAUGUAUUUGAAAAAUGUAAACAUGACUCAGAUUGGGCUAUGAAUGUCCUUCUUGAUAGUGGUUAUGAAAUGUCAGAUCCAAGUGAUAUUACAGUAAAAAAUCUUACAGAGGCAGAUGUUGAAACAGAUUCUGUCAGUGAAACGACAAACACAGAUGACGGAAAGAAUGAUAAUUCUUCUUCAGAUGCAUAUGACAUACCGUGUGAUAGUUUCUCAGAUGAAAAGACACGAAAGAUAAAGCAAAGCCAAUUACCAGAAGAUAUAGCCAAAAAAAUUGAGAUAGAGAAAUCAUUUGGAUUCUCAGAGUCAGUAGAUGAACGUGUUUUGAGAUUGACUGGUAAGCAAUAUAGUGACCUCAAUAUGACAAAGAUAAAGAAAAGUAGAACUAAAAAGCACCAUGUAAAACGAAAUCAUUCUCCUGGUGGCAUGGAAGCUAAGGAGUCUGUUGAGGAAGGGGGAGAGGGAGCACAGUACAUAACACUAGUAAUGGACCCACUGUUUGCUUCUCAGCUGAACAUGUUGUUUGGACCUGUUGGAGAUUGUGAAAUCAGUGGUGAUUUGACUCAUGAAGAUCGUAGUGUUGUCCUUCCCCUUGAAAUCUGUGAAAUGAUACAUAAAUAUUGGGCACGCACUGUUAAUGGAAAGUUUAAGCAUGAAGCAGAAAUUUUAGAUAGUUUGGUGCGUCAAGAUGAAAUUCUUGCACAUAAAUUGCAAGAGGAAGAGAAUGCUGCCUUUAACCUGGAUGAGAGGAGUGAUGAUAUAAAUGAUAGUUUGCCAGAAGAUCAACCAGUUUGCUUUCAAGAAAUUAUGAAUCUUGAACAAGCAUUGCAAGAAAGUCUUUCUGACAGGACACAUGAAGACACCUCUAUUUCAUCUCAACUUAACCUCAAGCGUUUGUAUAAAGAAUAUCCCCAUAUAGAUCCUAUUGCUCUUAAAGAAGAAUACACCAGAAGUGGCUGUAAAUAUUCUAUCACUGUUGAACGACUUAACCAGCGAUACGGCAAGGAACAAGGAACACCCAAAACUGUUAUUGCACCAGAAGCACUGAGGAGAUAUGAGCAAGAAAUGAUUGAGAGAGCUCAGCAGAAUAGCUUGGAGGAACAAGAGCAAGUGAUGUCUUCCAACCAACACAUCGAAAUAAUUCCAGAUGAUCCACAGAUAUAUAGAGAUGAAGCUCAGACCCACUAUCAUCAGCGUCAAGAAGCUUUCCGAAAAGCACAGGAAGCCUUUCGACAGGGAAUGAAAGCAGCUGCAGCCUAUUAUGCUCAUAUUGGAAACUUGCACUCUGUAAAACUACGGGAGGCCAACCAGCGUGCAUCUGAGAAAAUAUUAGAAGCUCAAAAUGCACACAGGAAGGAUGCCAAUUGUCUAGAUCUUCACCUUUUACAUGUUCCUGAAGCAAUAAGUGCAACUCAAGCAUUUCUCCUUGAAAGGCAAAGAGUUUUGAUUGCUCGAGGGAUAAAACAAAUGGAAGUGUCUCUCAUAACAGGUCGUGGUGCUCACAGUGCAGGAGGACAGGCUGUACUGAAGCCUUCUAUCAAGGAACAUCUGAAAAAACAUGGCUAUACAUUCUAUGAAGCUAAUAGUGGAAUGCUAAGAGUUGUUUUGCGCUCAAAACCAUCAUAAAAUAAGGAACAUUUUUUAUAUAUUCAUUUUAUGAAAAGAAUAUUCUCACCUCAAAACACUGAUACAAAACUUUGUACCACUUUGUAAUCUUUAAUUAUGCUGAACCUUUUUAUGUGAUUCGAUGGAGCCACAAUAUUUCAUCAGAUUUUUAUGUGAUUGUCAGUAUUUACUGAGCCAGGAGGAAAUUUCAAUAAAGUGUGUGUGUGUGUGUGUGUGUGUGUGUGUGUGUGUGUGUGUGUGUGUGUGUGUGUGUGUGUGU